GGCUUCUGCUGAGCUGGUCGCUGCUGAGUUUGUCCUUUAAAAGCUCCACUGAUCAUCCUAAUCAUGAUCCAGGGAAGAUCUCCGAUAAGCGCUCGCUCAGAGAUCAGCGAGAUGGAAGGUACAGGUCUUUAAUGUUGCCAUGUUUAAGUAUUUCCAUGUUGUUGUUUUUUUCAGCAUUAUUUUCCAUUUGCAUGGUUUUAAAAAUAGCUGUCAUAUGCACUUUAAAUUUUGUCGAGCAGAAUCAGAAAUAACUAAACUCCAGAGACAGCUCAGGAUAAUGGAAAGAGAUCGACAAACCUACAACUUCCAGGCCCGCGAGCAGAUUCGCAAGCAGCAACAGGAAAUAGAGAAGCUGAUGAAGGAGCAAGAGGAGCUGCAUCGAAACCUCGGUGCCUGCAAGAAUCUGUCUCGCCAACAGCGGGACGACAAGGACAGUCAAGGUCUCCAAGUUCUUCUUGAGCAGAGAGACGUGAUAGAGGAAGAGCUGGAGAGGGAGAGGCAUACUCAAAAACAGCUGCAGAAAGAGAUCUUGAGUGUACAGGUGAAGCUGGCAGAAGUGAGAAAAGGAGCAGUCAGCAGCAGUGACACACAGAGGUCAGAGGCUGGGAGGACGCUGAAGGCCAUUCGUACUUUGGAAUACAAACUGGACAGAGCGUCCACCCGCUUCAAUGAGCAAAUGGCUAAAAACAACCGUCUCAAGGAGGAGUUGCAGACUCUUCACAUUGAGCGAGCUCGUUUUCAACAUCUGCGCAACAGGCUGAACAAGGAGCUGCAGGAUGUCCGUAAGAGCAUUGGGCAAAUCAUCAACCGCUCUACUGCUGCUUAUGACGGGAGGGUGGAGGCCCAGGCCAAGAUGAACACCAUGAAGGCGAAAGCAGAGAAGGACCGCGCCCAUUAUAAUGCAGAGAUGAAAGAACUCGAGAGAAUUUUCUCUCAUGAGUUCAGCACGAAAGAUUUUAUGAGCAUCAAAAGCAGGAAGAUAGCUGAGAAAGAUGACGACCAUGGAGCAACACCCAGACAACUUUCUGCUCUGAAGGAACAGAAGGUGGAUUCAGGGGAGGAGUCGCUGGAAGCUCUGGAGGAAGCGUUAGAGAAGAUCCAGACUGUGAUGGGAGAUGACAACCUGGACCUUCUGGUCAACAGGUUCAUCCAGGCCGAGGACAGAAACUUUGCACUUUUCAACUUUGUCAACGACCAAAACAACGAGGCUGAGACACUGAGGAAGCAAAUCAGUCAGAUCCAAAAACAAAUGGAACAGUUGCAACUCGAAAGUUUACAGAGGGAGGAGCAGCAUCGCUCUUUGCUCAGAGGCAUCGAUGAGCAGCGAAAGGAAUGUGAAUCUCAAGCAGAGAAUCUUGAAAACCAAGCCAACGCCGUCAGCAGAAUCCUGGAUGAGAUCAAAGAAGGAGUGAACAGCCUUUUGUCUAAAAUGGAAUGUGACCGCUCAGUGAUCGAGGAUAAGCUAGGCUCUUCUGUGGGGAUCACGGAGAACAACGUAAUGUUCUACCUGGGUCUUGUAGAGCAAAAGACCAAUGAGCUCCUCACUAUUCACACUUUCCUCAAAUCUAAAGAUCAGGAAAAGGACCAGAGUCCUGCAGAUUUGGCCAAAUUCCUUUUGGGUCAAACCCCAGAACUCCUUCAGCAGAAUCUCACCAUCCAACCCAACCUCAAAAGUCACCCAGAUAAGUUUUCUCUCACCGAUGAGGAAGAACGUCCCUUUUCACAGGAGGAGCUUCGCAGAACAAUAAUGAAGGGGGUUCUUGGCACAGGGAGUUACAGAAAGCUCAAAGCUCAAUCAGCAGCCCUGUGAUAAACAGCACCCCCUGGAGGAUGAAAGUGUGAUUUCUCAGAACCGUGUUUGCUGCUGUAACAAAGCCACCAUCAGUCCUGUAACCAACUUUACAGCCACCGCUUGCAAAUGUAAACAUGUAAACCUUCGUUCUAUCGUGUGUAAAUCACCUUUGAUCUUAAGCUUUGGCCUGCUGUGUUUUGUAUUCUUAUGGUUUGUUUAGUUGGAACUAAUGAUGUUUGUUGCUUUAAAGACUCUGGCAGCCAGCUGUCCCUUUGAUGUGUGCCUUACCAUCUGGCUUUCACUCAUUCUGGUCCAAGUAAAGUCUUUCCAAGCUGGCAGCGCUUCACAAGUGUUGUUUUGCUGCUAUGCUUUAACAUUAAGCUGUGUGGAGGUAUGAGAUAAUCAGACACUGACUGCAGAAAGUCGUAGACCUUCGGUCUUUAGCCUGGUGACAGAUCAUUUGCUGCUGUGGCCCCAGACUCUGGGACUCUCCCCCUGAGCCUGAGAUCAGUGGACUCGGUGGUCUCCUUUAAAAAGCAGCAGAAAACUCACCUGUUUCUAGCUGGCUUUAGCAUGAUCUUCAUCAUCAGUUCCUCCUUGUUCUGCUCUUUCUACUUAUUCCACAUUUCUCCAUCCACUGAUUUCCCUCUUUCCUGUUCAUUUUCUCUCUACCUUACACUAUUAUUUUUAAUCCCAUUUUUUCUUCUCAUUUUUAACAUAUUUUUAUUCAUUUUUUAAAUCUUUUUUACACUUGAAUUGUUUUUUUGUUUGUUUGUUUGUGUGAAGAGCCUUGCAAUUUUUAUCUAGGGAGGCACUUUAUAAAAGAUUGUUUUCUUUCUUUUUUCAUCUAAACUUAGUUUUCUUGAGUGAUCCCGAAAAUAAUGCCUUAAAUUUUUUGCUCAAUACGGUUAAACAAAAAUGUCUGAUGAGCGUUUUGAAAAUUCACUUUGUGUAUCAUAAAUCCUGUGUGUGUGUGUGUGUGUGUGUGUGUGUGUGUGUGUGUGUGUGUGUGUGUGUGUGUGUGUGUGUGUGUGUGUGUGUGUGUGUGUGUGUGUGUGUGUGUGUGUGUGUUCUUGUACUUACUACAUACUGAGAACCAUUUUCACUCCAUUUUCCCUACAAUGUGACGACAUUUUUCAAAGUGAGGUCAUUUUUGCAGUCCACACUUUUUUUUAGAAGCUUACCAGUUGGUUAUAGAGGUAUGGUGUGAAUGAAGCUUUAGCUAAGGUUAGAGUUAGCAGUAGAUCAGCAUUGGUUAGGCUUAUGGUGUGGGCCAGGCAUAAUACAGUCACAAAAAUGAAUGAAUAAAUGACAGUCCUCACAACGAAUGCUAUAAAAGAGAGAGUGUG